AUGCGUUCGGUGCGAGAGAGAGCUGCGGUGCACAAGUUGGUUCAUUCAAAUUCGAGUGGCUACGAAAAGGACAAUGGGGAGGAUAGCGUAAACGAUGUGAUUGAGCGUUUGGUCUCCGUGCCUGAGACCACUCUUUUACUUCUGUCUUGA